AUGAUCGCGCUUUACCUCAUCCUGAAGGUGGUCGUCGGCGCGGUGGCCUCGGUGCUCGGGUUCGUUCGCAAGGAACUCGUGCUGGCGCGCGCGCCGAUGGCUCCGGGUUUCGUCCCUUUCAUCGGGCACACCAUCACCCUGUUCAAGGCGGUGGGCAGCUACCCCUGCACGUGGGACCUGUUCGCGCAGUGGUCCACGGCGACGGCUCCAAAGCCGGUGCGGGUGCAGAUCUUCACGCAGCACUGCGUCGUCAUCGCGGACCCGAGCACCAUGAAGCGCGUGAUGAGCAGCAACCUCAAGAAUUACAGCAAGGAUCUCGAGUUUUCGUACGCGCCCUUCCUGGAGAUCCUCGGCACCGGGCUGGUGACCAGCGGCGGGGACACGUGGAGGAAGAUGCGCGGGCACAUCUCCAAGGCGCUCCGGGUGGAGAUUCUCGACGAGAUCAUCGCCAUCGCCACGCGCGCGGUGGACAGGCUCUGCGUCAAGCUCGACGCCAUCAAGGGCACCGGCGAAUCGAUCGACAUGGAGAACGAGUUUCGCCUGCUGACCCUCCAGGUCAUCGGCGAGGCCAUCCUCUCCUUGUCCCCCGAGGAAUCCGACGAGCUGUUCCCAUCGCUCUACCUGCCAAUCAUGGACGAGUGCAACGCCAGGUCGCUGUCCCCGUGGAGGACCUACCUUCCCACGCCGGAGUGGUUCGCGCACAGGAAGCGGGUGCGCCAGCUGGACGCGGCCAUCAUCAAGAUCGUCCGCGAUCGGUGGGACAAGAAGCGCUCGGGGCAGAACGUCCCGGAUGACAUCCUGGAGCGAGUCUUGGACCAGGAGCUGAACGAGAAGCGUUCGGAGGUUGAGCGACAGCUGUGCUACGAGAUCAAGACGUUCCUGUUGGCCGGUCACGAGACCUCCGCCGCGAUGCUCACGUGGACGAUGCACGAGCUGAGCAACAACGGCGAGGCCACGGAGAAGAUCAGGAAGGAGAGCGACAAGGUGUUUGGACGUUUGAAGAAGGACGCGUUACCCACGCGGGAGUCGCUGGAUACCCUCGAUUACUCGCUAGCGGCGCUGAAGGAGACUCUGCGGCUGUACUCGGUGGUUCCGGUUGUGAAUCGGGUGGCCGAGGAGGACGACGAUCUGGGCGGCGUUCGCAUCCCCAAGGGCACGACGGUGAUCAUGUCCCUGCAGGGCGUUCACCACAGGGAGGACCUCUGGCCGGAUCCGCUGGUGUACAAGCCGGAGCGGUUUACGGAUCCGGGCUUCAACGAGAACGAGGGGUUCAAGUUUCUUCCAUUCAUACAGGGCCCGAGGAACUGUCUGGGGCAGUACCUGGCGCUGUUGGAGGCGAGGGUGGUGCUGUGCACGCUCAUUAGGAAGUACAAGUGGACCAAGGCGAGCGCGGAGAACGGGAAGAAGCACACCAAGGCUAUUCCCAUCGCGCCCGCUAACGGUAUGCACUUCACGGUGGCGUGA